AUUGACGCCGCAAACGGGCAUCACUGGUCUGCCACGAUCACAAUGCCCGUCUCCUUUGCGCGGCUAGCCGGCCACACGGCCAAACGGGUGUGCCUGACGCCCCGGCAACAGCUCGCCAAAGCACCACGCCUCCGACCCAUUGCCCGCUGUAUCUCGACCUCCCUCCCGCGCCACUAUGCCGACGUCGAAUACACCCAGCGGAUGCGCAUGGUCCCGACCGAUCCGGACUUCAGCCACCCUGUGAACCCGGACGACCCGGAGAACAUGAACGUCGUGUACGAGGAGGGGGACAACGUCGAGAAAAGGAAGAUACGGCACUACACUGUCAACUUUGGACCUCAGCAUCCGGCUGCCCACGGUGUGUUGCGAUUGAUUCUGGAGCUCAAUGGCGAGGAGAUUGUGCGCGCCGAUCCGCAUGUGGGGUUGCUGCACCGCGGGACGGAGAAGCUGAUUGAAUACCGGACGUAUCUCCAGGCGCUGCCUUAUUUCGAUCGGCUGGACUACGUCUCCAUGAUGACGAACGAGCAGUGCUUCUCCUUGGCUGUGGAGAAGUUGCUGAAUAUCGAGAUUCCGGACCGUGCCAAGUAUAUUAGAACAAUGUUCGGAGAGAUCACCAGGAUCUUAAACCAUCUCAUGUCGGUCCUGUCGCACGCUAUGGACGUCGGGGCUCUGACGCCUUUCCUGUGGGGAUUUGAGGAGCGUGAGAAGCUGAUGGAAUUCUACGAGCGUGUCUCUGGUGCCCGUCUCCACGCAGCAUACGUGCGCCCAGGUGGCGUGUCCCAGGAUAUUCCCAUUGGCCUGCUUGACGAUAUCUACCAAUGGGCCACUCAAUUCGGCGACCGCAUUGACGAAACCGAAGAGAUGUUGACGGACAACCGUAUCUGGAUUGGACGAACGAAAGGCGUCGGUGUCGUCUCGGCCGCCGACGCCAUCAACUACUCCUUCUCUGGCGUCAUGCUUCGAGGUUCUGGUGUGCCGUGGGAUGUCCGUAAGUCCCAGCCCUAUGACGCAUAUGAUAAGGUAGAGUUCGACGUCCCAGUCGGCGUGAACGGUGACUGCUACGACCGCUACCUCUGCCGUAUGGAAGAGUUCCGCCAGUCCCUCCGCAUCAUUCACCAGUGUCUCAACCAGAUGCCCGCCGGUCCUGUCAAGGUUGAAGACUACAAGAUCGCUCCCCCACCACGUGCCGCCAUGAAGGAGAACAUGGAAGCUCUAAUCCACCACUUCUUGCUUUUCAGCAAGGGCUACAGCGUCCCACCGGGCGAGACGUACAGCGCCAUUGAGGCGCCGAAGGGAGAGAUGGGUGUCUUCCUAGUGUCAGACGGCAGCGAAAGGCCGUACAGGUGCAAGAUCAGGGCGCCUGGAUUCGCACACUUGUCCUGCAUGGAUCAGAUCUCAAGAGGGCAUCUAUUGGCAGACGCGGUCGCGAUUAUUGGAACUAUGGAUUUGGUGUUUGGUGAGGUUGACCGAUAGAGGCUUAGGCUAGGAGGGGUGGAGCGAUUUAAAGCAUGAAAAUACCAUGGCGAGCGCGAGCACUGACUGACAGUCAGCGAAGAGUGGCUGGCGAGCUGUACAUACUGUACCCUAUCUUUUCUUUGACAGUCCAUUUAUGUCUGCAUGUUCCAGU